UAAUUCAAACUGAUUUUAAAUUUAUAACCGUUAAUGUUCAAAAACACGCACUGCACGUGUCUUAUUUAACUGUUUAUUAUAGGAAACACUUAUUUUAAUUUAUUGAUUUAUACAGUUUUAACAAUUUAUUUAGUAACAUUUUACAUCAUUAUUAUUAUUAUUAUUUAAUUACAUUAUAUUAUUGCUGUUAUUUUAAGAGGUUGGGCAGGAGGGAUAUAUCAUAAUAAUGUAACCCUCCGCAGAGUAAUGGGAUUACUAUAUUUACUAUAAAUAAAAUCUCUUUGGUUGUUUUUCACACUAUUUUUCUUUCUUUUGAGACAUAAUUACUGUAAGUGGUCACGGUUAAACCAGAAAGAGUAUAAACACUUUAUUAGAAUAGCUACAGAUAAACCAAAUCAAAGAGAGAAAGAGAGGAGGGAAAUACUAAUUUAACUUUACAUUGUUGAGCAUAGUAUUUACUUUAAAAAGCUGAUAAAUGAGACAGAUUGUGUUAAAUAUGGACUCAUAAUCACAGCACAGAUAAACAUUAAUUAGUUAUUUUAGGAUCCAACCAGAAGGGGGCAGCGUAGGGACACGAGCUGAGGUAAAAAUAAACAACAUGUUCUCGGUUAACGCCCGAGAAAACAGCUCCAGUCCAGCACAGAAGGUUUAUUUAUAACAUCUAUUCUUUAAAGUUGUCUCAGUGUAAAACCCCCCACAGGCUCAGAGGAGCAGCUGUGGUUGUUGGACCGACUCUCCGCUUUUAGAGGAGAAAGAAAGGACGACUGUGACUCGGCAGAAAAAGCUCCACUCUACAUAACCUACGCCCCGUAUCUAUAGCCCGUUUCUACCCGGGGAUGGGGGCCGAGAACCGGUUCCACAUCACUCGACCCAUCGGUUGGAUAUUACAACAAAACAAUGACACCAAACUCCUGCGUCUACACUGCUGAACUCUAACUACUUUAACUUUACUUUGAUGUAAAGUCAGAAUCAGAAAUACUUUAUUGAUCCCCGGGAGGACGUUUGUGCGUUACAGUUGUUCCACUCACACAACGUUAAAGGAAUAGUACUUAUAUAGAAUAUCUAACACAAUAUAUAGAAUAUAAAUGAAUGUAUGUACGUAUAGUAAAAAGUAAAAAUAAAAAGACAUAAGAGCCUAAGAGAACUUUAUCUGAACUAACUCAGAGGUAAUAAAUCAGUUUAAGUGAAGCUGAAAACCUGCGUAGGCCGACUUUAUCUCCACACAGAGAACAAACAAUAGAUAAAAGGUCCCUUUGCAGUCAGACUGGCAGGAGGAUCAGGACCAGACAAGUCCUGGAGGGAGGUGAAGUUGGACUCGGUAUCAAGCUGAGUUGAACUGUGGCCGUCAGGAGAAGAAGGAGAGGAGGAGGAGGAGGAGGAGGGGAAGAGGACGGAGGCGCGGCCAUGUCGGUGGCGUGGCGUGAAGACGAGGAGGAGUUCAGGGUGGGAGGAGUUAAAGGAGCGCUGAAGGCCAAACCCAGGUUCUCCUUCACGGAGGUCAAAGUGCUGCUGGAGGCGGUGAAGAGGAACAGAUACAUCAUCCUCAGGAAGUUUAACCAAGGGGUGUCGGCGGAAACCAAGAAACAGACCUGGGCUGAAAUCACCAAUCAGAUCAACGGCCUGGGAGAGAAUCACAGAGAGGUGCGGCAGAUCAUGAAGAAAUGGGCGGACCUUAAAUGUGACGGAAAGCGCCGCAUCGUGGCCCUCCGGGGCCCCAACGGCAGCAACCUGAGGAAGAAGCACCUGGGCCCCGUGGAGAGGAUGGUCCAUAAGAUCCUGAUGAUGAGUCCCAGAGGAGACGGCGACAGUGAUCUGGAGCUCGGCGAGGAUGAGGACUUUCCAAAGCUUUACAGUAAAGCCCCGCCCUCUAACCCCGCCCCUCCCGCCUACUCCUACCUCAGCCUGACGGACAGCUCCUACUCUUUACCUGGAGGCUCGUCCUUAGACAUUUCCCCUCUGUCCUCACCAGAGAAAGACGUUGGCGCCGAUCCUUUUCAUUCCUCCUCUGAGUUCGACUUGGACCUGGCUGAAGACGGAGAACAAACGAUGGAUUACGACGAGAACGACGACUCCAUGUUCUCCUCCUACGCUCCCGCUCCUCCCCCGCCCUCCACCUCCACCUCCACCUCCCUGGACCCGCUGCCCGACGACGCCCUGCUGAGGAUCAAACCGGUGCACACGUACUCCCGGAGCAGCAGCCAGAACAACGGGCAGAGCAGCACCUCCUCCAAGCCUCCACCUGGACCCUCCACCUCCUCUGAUUUCCCUCCAGUGUCGGACGCCGCCUCCUCCUCCGCUGCGCCUCCCUCGUCGCAGUCCCCCGCUCCUCCCUCCUCUAAACCAGUCGCAGCCGAUGACUCUACCUCUAACCCCGAGCCCUCCACCUCCUCCCUCCCUCCGCCUCCCGCUCCUGUUGCCUCCUCCUCCUCCGUAGCUGCGACCACAACCACCGCUCCCUCCUCUUCUGCCCCCUCCUCCAACUCCAAUCACCCUUCUCCCUCCUCCUCUUCCUCCUCCUCCUCCUCAGCCCUCCCGCCCAAUCCUCCCUCCGCCUCGGGCUCCAACCCGUCCGACCCCCUCCCGGCCGGCGCCUCCUCCCGCCGGGCCUCCGACCACGUGGCCCAGAUGUCCUCCCAGAGCCUCCAGCAGCAGCGGGCCAGCCGGAUGCUGCUGAGCUCGGUGUCCCAGUCUCUGGAGGUUCUGGCCCAGUCCGUCCAGCUGCUGGUGGAGAGCCAGCAGGAGUUCGUGCAGGAGUCUCUGCUGCUGCAGCGGGAGACGGUGGACGUCCUCCGGGACUUCUCCAACACGGCGCUGACCAUGCUGAGAGACAAAGCCAACAGCGGACAGCUCGCUCACCAUCCCACGCCACGCUUCUGAAGGGCGGAGGACAAACCGCCAGUUUCCAUCAGUGUGGACGAGUGCAGGUACAUGUCAGUCCUCUACGGAGACAGACAGGUUCCCCGAGACAGACAGGCUUCCCCAGU